UCAAGCUGGGAGAGAGAAGUUCUCUUCUGCUUUUGAAGGAGACCCUCAGUUUGGGAAGUUGGAUUUUUCUCAGGGACGUCUCACCAGCUUUACUUGCUUCUAAACCAUGGUAUUAGCGUCAAGAAGCCACGGAACUUAAUAUCAAUACGUAACCUUAAUAGCUGGACAAUUGCCCGUAAUAUUUUUGGCAGACUAUGUCCCAGUAUGCUCACAACUAUCUACUUGUUCCUAUCCCUGAGUAUCCUCUGUUGGACUGUGACCCUAACAGGAACAUCAAGAUUGUGGUACUGGGGGGCAGUGGUGUUGGAAAAACAGCCUUGGUUGUAAGAUUUCUGACAAAGAGGUUUAUUGGAGACUAUGAAGCAAACACUGGUGCAUUAUACUCAAGAAAGGUCGCAAUUGAUGGGGUACAAAUUUCACUCCAAGUGCAGGAUACACCCUAUGUAUCGAUGGAGGAAGAAGCAGACAGCAUUUCCUGCCAGGAACAAAUUAAUCGAUCCAUUUAUUGGGCAGAUGGCUUUGUGUUUGUCUUCUCAAUCACAGAUUAUAAUAGUUACCGUGUGAUUAGACCUUUGUACCAGCACUUAAGGAAAAUCCACCCAAACACCAAAAUUCCACUUCUUUUGGUAGGAAAUAAAGCUGAUCUUCUAAGAGCCCGACAAGUGGAAUCUGAUGAAGGUCUUCAGCUUGCUAAUGAACUUUCUGGGACAUAUGCUGAAGUAUCUGCUAGAGAAAAUUAUGAAGGGGUAUAUGGAGCUUUCUACCAACUGUGUCAGGAGGUUGGAAAGAUGAUCUUCAGCUGCAAUGGGGAAAAGAGAAGAGGACUUCAUCUUGUGCGCCCCAGAUCUCCUAACAUGCAAGACCUAAAAAGACGCUUUAAGCAGGUGUUGUCUUCCAAAGUGAAGUCUACCACCACACUAUGACCGCUUCUGGUAUUGCAAGAGUGGCCUGGUCUCCUGUGGCAGCUGCCAUUCACCGACAUGGAUUGCAUAUUAGUGUCAGUGCAGUGACUUCAUGUACAAUGUCUGAGAAGCUUCUGAGACAAGUGUUUUGUUUAGUCACUAGUCCUUUAUUUGACUACAUUU